AUGAGUACCGCGGGAACGACGUCCCCGUCCAUCCUCAGCAGCGACGAAGAGCGAAAUUCAUCCAGCAGUAGCCCCAAUACGAUACUUACCGAUGACAGUUCUACGAAUAUACCACCUACUCUUGAUGAUAGCAGCCGAUGGCAAUGCCACAUAGACCUCGAAGCAUUCGGGCGGGGUCUGAACGCGGCAGCGAAAGCCGUCUUUCCUAAUACGUCGAGAACCAGAUACAAAAAGGUUUCAGUCUUACUGUUGCGCUGGGAGGACGAGGAUCCAAAGUUACCAGUAUCCAUUGAAAUUGAAAAGUUGAAUGACGUCUUCGAAAACAAUUACGGCUUCGACACUGAGGUUUGGAGAAUUACAGGACAGAACUCUCACGCAAAGCUAAAUCAGAAGAUUCUGAAUCUCAUUGACACGGACGAUGAUCCUAAGGAUCAUCUAUUUAUAGUGUACUAUGGAGGACAUGCAAGGUUGACACAUGAUCGCCUGCUAUCUUGGACAAGCUGGAGAGUAAACCACGACAAAAAAUAUCUAACCGUGCAAUGGAGUGGCAACGGAGUCACCGAGAUGAUUUCAGCAUGUGCUUACAAUGUUAUCGCAAAUGGAGUUGGAUAUUACUCUUUUACUAAUGAGCUCACGAUAGAGCUUCGAGAUCUUGCAAACAGACCUUCAUUUCCCGUGGCAGAUUUGUUUCGGAACAUUUUUAGUAGGAUCCAAGCCCGCAGACCAGAGGACGGGAGGAACGGCACCCUGCGCCAGUCCAUUUCUCGCUUACUCAAGACAACCCUCAGUUUCCGCGUAGUAUACAACUUUCGGUUCGCCCGGGGCACAUCGACAAAACUAAAGGUCUCAGUGGAGAUUCUUGCGUGUGCAUUCAAUCCGAUGAGCCAAAUUCCGGGCACUCUUUUGAAAACAGCCGAGAACCGACUUUCUCUCCGUCUAAGAGAUGAUUACCGGAGUGGAGAGCUGUCCAUAGAUCGAUUCAAGGACUGGCUUAAAGACAUGCCAGCUGCCGCAGAAGAGGUGAAAAUUGAAGCCGGUUAUGGAAGCUUCUCUUCGAUCCUCAUUAUUUCAAUCCCUAUAAACCUGUCUCUCUACAUUCCCCAGGAUCCGGCAAUUAUCAAAAUUGGGCCUGUCACGUCUCAAAAUCUUCUAAAUGAAUCCAGAUCAAUCCAAAGACAAGCUCAAAGGGAAUGGAAGCCUGUUUCGCUUCCACCAAUUCAAAAUAUCAUCAGCUCAAUAUUGCAACCAGCUUUCCCAGCGUUUUCGCAGCUUUCGCAAGGCUGGGCCAUCAGGAGAAAUUGGUACUUAUUGUUCAUCUGUCGCCCGCUUGCGGAAAUAGCAGGUUUCUGGAUCAGGCGGACUCAAAGACUACUCUCAUCAUUGAAUGAUUACAUCACUAGUAACAAGAUUCCUAUACUAGAGGCUCCUUCUAGUCCCGACAGUGCUCUUGAUCCUAAUAAUGAUUCCGGCAACGCGGACAGCGAUGGAAAGAAGCUGCGAAGUAGCCUCGUGGAAGUCUUCACGCAACUUCCCGCCUCACUAAAUACAAUGCCUAUGCCCGUGCUUUACGAGGUUAUGAGAGUUUUCCUCCACACGGGCGUGUCGAUGUCCGAUCUCAUAUUCCCAGCGGAGCUUGAUUGCAAAGAUUAUAAUUGUCUUUGGCAGUUUUUGAAAGCUCACCCAGCUCUCCGAGGGAAGGUAUUCCCCACAAGGUGUGGGAAGGAUGUGUGGGCGGCUUCAUUGAAUGGUUUUCUCUGCCGCUCUAGAGGAGUUGUCCUAUCUGGAUCACUGAGCUUCAGUACCGGCGGCAGCUCGCUAUUUCAAUUCAGGCUGGGACCGAUGCAGCUUGAUCGUCAGCAUCGCCUUGGAAGGCGACUGGGUAAUGAUCGUUUCCUAGAAAUUGAUAUGCCUCAAUUGAAGGGUAGACAUAUUCCAAGUGUCAUGAAGAGGCUGGGAGAAGAGUGUCGUGCUAUGGUUAUCGAAUGGCUAGUCGACAGUGACCACUCUAUCUUCGGUAGGAUCUGGAAGCCAUUUUUCGUUAAACCCAAGAAGGAAACACAGCAUCAAAAACCAAGGGGCGACCUCCCAGACGACGGAGGCCCAGGAUACUUGGUUUAUUUCUUUGCCGUCGAUGGCCCUGGAUUUACUGACUUUUCCGAUCAUACCCCUCCGCUUGGAGCCAAGGAUUUUAAAUUUGAUAUUCCCAGGCUUCUUAAUCUAAUCAGGCCGACCGGGGAGAAUACCACGGAAAGCUUCCUGAAGCUUUUCGCUCGGACUCCUUUAGCGCUAUCAAGAAACACAGCGACUGUCUUGCUCGAACAAUCUCAAAUUCACGAGAAGGAAGACUUAAUCUUUGGUCCCACAAAUGAGGUUAUCACAAACGGGGCAGGCCGUAUCUCAUUGGCACUUGCUCUUAAAGUUUCUGCUCUUCUCAGCCUCGGCUACCUCCCGAGUGGCUACCAAGGCCGCAUUGGAUCCGCGAAGGGCUUUUGGAUGGUCAACUUUGACGACAGGAGUAGAGAAGAAUGGAUUGAGACUUACAAGUCUCAACGGAAAUGGAAACAAAGCACUAAAAAGAAUAGGGAGUCAGACGACCCGAGCCAUAGGACUUUCGAGGUCUUGGCAUUCCCUGGUCCCUUGAAAUCUGCCGAUCUCAAUACACAGCUCUUACCUAUCCUCAUGAACAGGGCCGUCGACAAGCGACAGAUGAAAGACACCAUAUCAAAACUGCUAGAGCAAAGUCUUGCUGAGGAGCUGAAAUCUCUUAAAUCGGCGAUGGACUGUCCGAAAUUGUUGCGCAAAUGGAUUCACGAAAAUAGAUCAGAUAUGGCUCGCACGGUCUUUCGAUCUAAGUGCGACGAGCUAAAAACAAGGCUCAAUAUUACCGUCGGCAAAUCUGCGUAUGUUUAUAUGGUUCCGGAUUUCUUGGGCGUAUUGGAGCCGAAUGAGGUUUACAUCGACUUCUCCAACUUUACUGACGAUGUUUCGGGGUUCCCCGGGGCGUUGCUGCAAGACGGGGAAAGUAUUCUGUUGGCAUGUGUGCCCGCACAUCUCCCUAGUGAUAUUCAGAAAGUCAAGUUCGUGGCCAAAGCUGAAUAUAUAAACCUCAAAGAUGUCAUCGUGUGUCCGAUAAAAGGCAACCAAUCCCUUGCUUCAAAAUUAUCGGGUGGUGAUUACGACGGAGAUAUUGCAUGGAUUACCUGGGAGUCGAGCAUAGUUGAAAAUUUCACAAAUGCCAGUGUGCCGCUACUGCGUGAUUUCGUGAAGGAAGGAUACAUCCAUGAAGAUACAAGAACAUAUGGGAAACUCGUUGAAGGUCAAGCGAAUUCUGAGUCUGUGUUUUUGAAGGAAUCUUGCUCCUUUGCGAUGCGACCGACUUUGUUAGGCACUUGUACUAACUGGAUGGAGAACCUCCUGACCGUUGUUCGGCUUGACAGUCAGGAAGCCGUUAAUUCGAGUACAUUGUUGAGCUAUCUUGUCGACCAAGACAAAUCUGGGUAUAUCUUUGAGGAAGAGGAUUGGACUCGAUUUAGGACGGAAGUAAUCAAGAAGAACCCGAAACCGCCAGGCUAUAGACGCGAUGACCUAGAAGGAUCCAUCAAAGACCACUUGAUAAAAGUAGCUGAAAGAUUGACUGAGGCAUCGAAAACAGACCUUCAUGAGAGUAUUGAUGACCCUCCAUCGUGGGACGAGGAUCUUGUGCGUUUUUACAACUAG